AUGAAUUUACCUCGAAAUUGUCACACUCCUAAUGGCGUGGAUGCCACGACGAACGGCGUGCACCAUACCGGCAACCCAACCACCCAGGACAAUGCUGCCGUCGACGAUUUUGCUGUUGAUCCAAACCCGGCUUGGACUCCCCGCAAGAAAUUAAGAGUCAUUACAAUCGGGGCAGGGUUCUCAGGCCUCACAUUCGCCUACAAGCUGCAACAUCAAAAUCCUGAGAUGCAAGACUUGGUCUCUCACACAAUAUUCGAGGCUAGAGAAGACAUUGGCGGAACGUGGCUAGCCAACGUUUACCCCGGUGUUCAGUGCGAUGUUCCUGCACAUAUCUAUGCAUUUCCUUUCGACCCAAACCCAGACUGGACACACUUCUUUGCCACCGGCAAAGAAAUUCAUGAGUAUAUGCAAAAGAUCACCAAGAAGUGGAACCUUGACCAGGACGUGAAGCUUAGCCACAGGGUGAUCGAGACCGUUUGGCAGGCCGAAUCGGGCCAGUGGAAAGUGACCGUCGAGAGCGAAGGGAGACAGUGGGAUGAGUAUGCAGAAGUUUUGGUUUCUGGGCAAGGAGUGUUGAACUCCUGGCAAUGGCCAGAAAUUGAAGGACUCCAUGAUUUCAAAGGACACAAGUCUCACUCGGCAAACUGGGACGCCAACUACGAUUACUCCCACAAACGUAUCGCAUUGAUCGGAAAUGGAUCCACCGGAGUCCAAGUGCUCCCACAGCUUGCUCGACUCCCCGAAACAGAGAUUCUGAGCUUUCAGCGAAGCCCGAACUGGGUUUACAAUCCAGUGACACCAGGAGCGCUAGUAGGUAAAGACGACCCGCGAGCAAAUCCAGAGUUCACGGAAGAAGAGAAGCUAUAUUUCCGUAAAAACCCGGAUGAGCACAGAGCUUAUCGUAAGUUAAUCAUUUCGAAAAUAAACAAAGGGUUUUAUUUGUAUGUCAAGGAUUCGCCCACGAACAUUCGAGCGACCAAAGAGGCGAUCGACCAGAUAUCCGAAAAGCUCAAAUACGACCCUAUGCUUUGCAAAGCCCUCAUUCCGGACUGGCCCUUGGGUUGUCGACGCAUUACACCCGCAAAUGGGUACUUGGAGUCAUUCUUGCAGCCAAACGUUCAACUUAUCACGAGCCCAAUCGUGCGCAUCACUGAACAUUCCAUUCUCACGGCUGAUGGCAGUGAUUAUCCGGUCGACGUUGUUGCUUGUACCACUGGUUAUGCCGUCUCGUGGUGCCCUCAGUGGCAGAUGAUCGGCCGCAAUAACGUCGACCUCAUCAAAGAAUGGACUGUUGAUCCCCAGUCGUACCUGUCCCUCGCGGCGCCAGACAUGCCUAACUAUUUUAUGUUCUUGGGCCCGAACGCCGUGGUCGCGCAUGGAUCCUUGGUCGAAGCUAUAAACUGGACCGGCGACUACGUCAUUCAAUGGCUUCGAAAAAUUGCAACAGAAGAUAUCAAGUCCAUCGUGCCCAAGACUCAAGUUGUCAAGGAUUUCAUCCGCUACGGCGUUGAACUCCACAAAAAGUUUGUCUGGACCGGUGGAUGCCGAAGUUGGUUCAAGAGGGACACUGUGGAUGGCAGGGUCAUUGCGGCGUUCCCAGGUAGUGCCCUUCUGUUCAAAAACCUUGCUAGCCAACUCAGGCCUGAGGACUUCGAGAUUGAAUAUCGCAGCAAGAACCGGUGGCACUUCCUUGGGAACGGGUUCACCAGCUACGAGUUGGAUCCCAACAACGAUCUGGCCUGGUAUGUAGAGAAGUAG